AUGUCUUUAAAAGAUAUCAGAGUUGUUGUUGGAGGAUUUUCCUACGCUAACAAAGUAAAUUCCGAAAUAAUAACCCACGACAUUUGGCCAAACCAUGUAGGUCAAACCAAAACCAACACUGCUCUAUCAUAUGAUAUUGAAUUAAAUGAAGUCAUUGAUUGGGGUCGCUCAGCUUUGGCCGAAAAACCAAAAAAACGUAGAAAAGCUAGCCAAUACCCUUCCAACCAAUCGAUACAAGUUGAAUUAUUUAAAUUACAUUUGGGCGAUAUUCCGAAUGAUGAAAAACCGUUCUUACCUAACAAUCUGAAUUAUAAACGGGCGAUAAUUGAUUAUCUCAAAGAACUCGGUAUAUAUAACGCAGAAUUAAUAGAGACUCCUGAUUCUCAAAAUUUGCAAUUCACUACAGAACCCGAAGCUGCUGCAAUAUAUUGUAUAAACACGAUGAAAGAAUGUUAUUCAUUUCCAGUUGGAAGAUCAUUCUUAUUAGUCGAUUGCGGGGGUGGUACUAUAGAUCUUACAACCAGAAAAUUAUUAAAAGGAAAUAAAUUGGGUGAAAUCACUGAACGUACUGGUGAAUUUUGUGGUAGUGCUUAUGUUGAUAAAGAAUUUGAAAAUUUUAUUAAACGUAUAGUUGGUUCAUCAGCUCUUAAAUUACUUAAAGACAAUCAUUAUAGUCAAUUUCAAUUCAUGAUUCAAGAAUUUUGUCGACUUGUUAAAACUGUUUUUACCGGUAAUCCUGAAAAAUUUAAAACUUUUGAAUUAGAUUUUCAAGAAGUAUGUCCUGCUAUUCAAGAUUAUGUUAAAGGUACCACAAGAAAUCAACUGGAAGAAAACGAUUGGAUAGUAGAUCUUGAUUUUUAUACUGUUAAAGCAAUGUUUGAUCCAGUAAUUAGUCGAAUAAUUACAUUGAUAAGUUUACAAUUAAGCAAUGUUCAUGAUUGUACUGCCAUUUUUUUAGUUGGUGGGUUCAGUGAAUCAAAAUAUUUACAAAACAGAAUUAAAUCAACUUUCAAUUAUAUUCCAAAUAUUUUGGUUCCAAAAGAACCUGUAACUGCAAUUGCUCGUGGUGCUGUGCAAUAUGGAUUACACAUGGAAACCAUUAAAACUAGAGUAUUAAAAUAUUCUUAUGGUGUUAAAGUCGCUUUUGAAUGGCAACCAGGUGAUCCUCCGAACAGAAGAACCAAACUAGGAAGAAUUUUUAAAUUUCAUCAAUUGGCAAAUCGUGGGACAAUAGUCAAGGUCGAUGAGGAAUUUUCAGAGACUUUUGCGCCUUUCACAGGCAAGGAAAGAACAAGAUCUUACAAAAUAUAUUUUACUCGUAAAAAUGUUGGAAAAUAUUGUGAUGAAGAAGGUAUGAAAUUUCUCGGUGAACUUAGAAUUGAUUCUCAAGAUACUUCUCUUGGAAUUGAUAGACCUGUACUAUUUUCUCUCCGUUUUGGUAAAAUGGAAAUUGAUGCUACUGCAGUAGAUAAAUCUAGUGGACAA